AUGCAUUCAAAUCGAGGAUUAUCACGAAGACAUUGCCUCGAAACCAUGAACUGCAGCUGGGGAACAGAGCUGUGGGAUCAAUUUGACAACUUGGAAAAGCACACGCAAUGGGGCAUCGAAUUUGUGGAACGGUACACCAAGUUUGUGAAGGAGAGAUCUGAAAUCGAACUAAGCUAUGCUAAGCAAAUAAGGAACCUCUCCAAGAAGUAUCAACCCAAGAAAAAUUCGAAAGAGGAAGAUGAAUACAAGUACACGUCAUGCAGGGCUUUCCUGAUGACGCUAAAUGAACUGAACGACUACGCUGGCCAGCACGAGGUCAUCGCCGAAAACCUCUCCUCCCAAAUCAUCAGCGAACUCGCCCGGUACAUUCAGGAGCUGAAGGCCGAGAGAAAAUCGCAUUUCCACGAUGGGCGCAGAGCGCAGCAACAUAUUGAAAACUCCUGGAAACAGCUGGAAUCGAGCAAACGAAGGUUUGAAAGAGACUGUAAAGAGGCAGACAGAGCACAACAGUACUACGACAAGAUGGACGCUGACAUUAACGUUACGAAAGCGGACGUGGAAAAGCGAUGUUCACUCAAGGCCAGGCAGCAGGCUCAGAUCAGGCAGCAGGUGGCUGAAGACAGUAAGAAUGAAUAUUUGACAAACUUACAGAGGUUCAACAAGGACCAACACGAGCACUACUAUACCCUCAUACCUCACAUCUUCCAGAGAAUACAAGAAAUGGAGGAGAAGAGGAUUGAACGAGUUGGAGAGAGUAUGAGGACCUACGCAGAGGUGGACCGUAAAGUGCUCCCCAUAAUUAGCAAGUGUCUGGACGGCAUGACCAAGGCAGCUGAGUCCAUCGAGCCCAAAAUGGAUACGAAACAGGUUGUGGAGACGUAUAAGUCCGGGUUUGAGCCUCCGGGAGACGUGGAGUUUGAAGACUACAGUCUGUCCAUGAAGAGAGCAGUGUCAGAGUCAAGCUUCCUCAAUUCCCGCGGGGAGGGCAGGCGCAGGAGCAGGGGCAAACUGUGGCCUUUGAUUAAGAGAAAUAAGCUUAUGUCUUUGUUAGCCUCCCCCCGCCAGCCCCCUCCACCUCCCCCUACCUCUCCAUCACCGGGUAGCGUAGCCAACGGCCCCCAGUCUCCCCAGCAGCAGAAGGAACCCUUGUCCCAGCGUCUCAACGACUUCAUGAGCUCCAAACACAAAAUGCAUUGCCUGAGGAGCUUAAAGCGUGGGCUUUCUCUUAAGCUGGGAACCGCUUCAGAAGAUUACAGUCAUCUCCCUCCUGAACAAAGGAGGAGAAAACUCCAAGCCAAACUCAGUGACAUCCAUAGGGACAUACAGAAAGAGUUAGAUCAGAGGGAUGCGCUAACUAAAAUGAAAGAUGUGUAUACGAAGAACCCUCACAUGGGAGACGCCAGCAGUGUGGAUCCACGUUUAGAAGAAAUCAGUCAGAACCUCGAAAAGUUACAAUUGGAAGCACAGAAGUUUGAGGGCUGGUUGUCAGACGUGGAGAGAAAGCUGCUGGAGAAAGGUGACACUCACAGGAGACAGAGCGCAAACUUUGACUCCCAAGGCAACACACCUGUCAGUAACAACUGCGCCCAGAAUCGAGAGAGCCCUGACGGCAGCUACACUGAGGACCACAGCACCGAGUCAGUUCCCUUUAAAUCCCGCAGCACAGAGUUCGAUGAUGACUUUGAGGAUGAAGACCCUCUGCCCACCAUUGGAACCUGUAAAGCCCUCUACCCGUUUGAAGGUCAGAAUGAAGGGACCAUCUCCAUGGCUGAAGGAGAGCUGCUGUACGUUAUUGAGGAGGACAAAGGAGACGGCUGGACGCGCGUGCGCAGGAACGAAGACGAGGAGGGUUACGUUCCCACGUCCUACAUCAAACUCUAUUUCGACACAAACGCCAAAGGUGCUAUGACAUACAUUUAA